AUGACGCCACCUCGCCGUUCUAGUCUCGGUAUAGGCCACGAGCAGCUAUCCAACAGCUUCGGGACGGACUUGCGCCCCGAUUCUGUUUCCAUCAUUUCUGGCAAAACCGAUGCCUACUCCGGCCGCCCCUCCAUGGACCCAGGGCGCGCCCCGCUCUCCGCCUACCCAGCUCCUCCUCCCGUGCCCACCAGCCCAUGGGAUCCCUAUGCCCGCACCGAGAGCAUGACCCACAGAGGCCGAUAUAGCUAUGCUAGCAGCGCCAUUAGCACAAUCAAUAGCCCUAGGAGGGUUAGAAGGCGGAAGGACCCCACUCCGUUCAAUGAGAGGGUAGGCCUUACGCUCUGGGACUCGGAAGGCCUUGAGAAGAAUGUUGUUGAUUUGCAAUUGCGAGAGAUGUCGGCCUUUUUGGAGAGCAAGUUUGAAGAGACUUUUGCCGAAGAGAUGAAGGUGGUCAGAUCUCCUGGUGUCCAGGACACACAUAUUCACGCCGUCUUCCUAGUCCUUGACCCUAGUCGACUGGACCGCAACCUGAGCACGGCGAAAUCAAUCUAUGCCAACGGCCACAACGGCAUUGCCGACCUGCGCGCUCUUGGCGCCCUCGACGAUGAUCUCGAUUUGCAAGUCAUGAGGACUUUACAGGGCAAGACCACCGUCAUCCCAGUCAUCGCUAAAGCCGACACCAUCACAACGAAACACAUGGCCGCCUUGAAACGCAGUGUGUGGAGUAGCAUCAAGAAGGCCAACCUUGAUCCCUUGGAGUCUCUUGCCCUUGAGGAUGACGAUGCCGCUUCAUCGAGCUCUAGCAGAAUUGACGAGGGCGAUGAAGAUGCCGCGCAGGCCGAUGCUAGGUCCGACGUGAUCCGGGGUGACAGCGAUCUUCCCAUCCAGGGACAGGAGGAUCUGGAUGCAGGUGCCGAAUCGAAUCCCUCGGCCCUUCGCCAGAGGUCAGAGAAGGGACCCGCCGAGGAAGAAGAGUCGUCCUUUUUGCCACUCUCCAUCAUCAGCCCCGACUUGUAUGAACCCGGUGUGAUCGGUCGUCAAUUCCCUUGGGGUUUCGCCGACCCCUACAAUGAGGAGCAUUGUGACUUUACACGUCUUAAAGAUACCGUCUUUAGCGAGUGGCGCGCUGAGCUUCGCGAGGCUAGCCGGGAGCAAUGGUAUGAGGGGUGGAGGACGAGCCGGCUCAAGGUCCGAGAUGGACCAACUCGCCGUCGGAUAUGA